ACAACCUCUUCACAAUUGAAAUAAUAAUUUUUCGUCUAAAAACGACUUCGAAAUCGGUUCUUCUGCUCACUCUCACUCUUCGCUAGAAGAAAUCUUCAACGUCUAAGGCUUUUUUCGAUACUUCUAUGGGCCACUGAAUUUAAAGAUCCCGCCAAAUGUCUGCGAAGAAAACGAGAAGACCGUCGUCACCGCGGCGUUUCUUCGCGCGACUUUACGGCCACUUGGAGGCGACCAAGAAAACGGAGGAUGACGAGGAUGAGGAUCACGCACGGGAGAGUCUGGACUCUUCGCCGGAAAUCACGGAAGAAGCCCCGCACGUGUUACCCGGUUCGCUCGAAUCACACAAAAUGUUCCAUACGUCGCAUUCCAAAGAUCCCGAGAAGACGUCGGAUGAUGCCGCGAAGAUGAAUCAAGUGUUGGAUGAGGACAAGGGAACGGAGAAGGAUUCGGUGCUCGCGGGUGUGAGGCUGCCCUUCCUGCAUGGAUUCUUUCCCAGGGCACCUGGUCAUCCAUCCUUACACCUGACGCAACUCGCACAUCCGUCCGCGCUGCCGCCGCAUCUCAACAGUCUCAUCCCUGGCCAUCAUCCCGUGGCCGAACACCACUUUCAAGGAUUUUCAGCGUUCCUGGCACGUAGAAGAAGAAAAGAGGGCAGACCGCGAAGACAGAGAACGACGUUCAGCGGCGAACAAACCCUGAGAUUGGAAGUCGAGUACCGACGAGGGGAAUACAUCUCGAGGGGACGUAGGUUCGAACUCGCUGCCUCUCUUAGACUCACCGAGACGCAGAUCAAAAUCUGGUUCCAGAACAGACGUGCCAAAGACAAGAGGAUCGAGAAAGCGCAAUUGGAUCAACAGUAUCGAAACUUCGCCGUGUCGAACGGUUUGAUGAACCUGCCGCUCUACAACGCGACGGGAUUCUGCGGCCUCUGCUUAUACAAGGACACCUACGGAUCGGUACCCGCCAAUCGAAAUCAUUCCUGUGUCAUUCCCGGCAAUUCAGUCGUCGUCGCCGACGAAUCUCUGAAGGAUCAGCCACGUUACAGCAGCAGCGGAAGCGAGACGUCCGACAAUCCGCCAAAUCUCGUGUCCACAACUUAGUUAAAUCCAAUGCGAUAUCGCCGUUCACUUAAAAAUACGUCUGACAAUAAGUUAAAAUCUUUUUUUUUUUAUAUAAAAGCACGACUCUCUCCAAAGAUUAGUUUCUCUUUUUCAAAACACAAAUAAAAAUCU